CCGUCGCUCCUCCUCUUUCCUCUCCUCCUCCCACUUUCCUUCCAUUUCCUCAAAGCCAAUUUCCCUUCCUCCCGAGCUCUCUCGCCACCCAUCAUCACCAACCCCACCCCGCCCGCAACGACAGAGGGAAAAAAGUCCCCUGUUUUCGAUUCGAGAAUGUCCUCCAAUUACCUCCACGCCUACGAGCAGGACCUGCAGUUCGUCCCCGACCCUCUCUCCCCUUUCAGCGACUCCUACAUUGACAUCCUCCAUGAAUUCUCCAGCUGCGCCUCGGAGAACCAGAGCCCGGUCCCGAAAUCCCCUCACGUGUACGGCCCCGCCCCCGCCGCUGCCGUCUUCUCCGCUUCGCUCCCGAGCCAAGAGCUCGAGCACUUGAGGCUUCGCCGGGGGACCCAGUUGCAGCAGCAGCAGCAGCAGCAGCAGCUCUCGAAACAUGCUUCGGAUUACGCGAAUGGGUUCUCGGGAUCGACUCAAGAAAUCAAAGCUGAUCGAGAAUGUCAUCAUGGCGCCGACAGCGAGGCCGCCUUUGAGUUUGUCCCCGACGGUUACGGCGGGGAUGGGGAUAAUGUAUGCAAAUAUAUGCAGAGGAGCUACAGCUCCAACUUCUUCAAUGGGACGAGGCCUCACCUUCUUCAACCCCCACCGCGCCUCGAGCUUCCAAGCAUAAGUUCGCCGGAGAGCUGCUUCUUCAGCGGACAGAUGAUGAGGAGGGUUUACAGUACAGGAGAUUUGCAGAGAAUGAAAGCAACGUCCAAUCCAACGAGCCCCUUCAUGGAGGAGGCGAGCUCCUGCAGAGUGGGGCGUUACAGCGCAGAGGAGAGGAGAGACAGGAUUCAGAAGUACAGGGCAAAGCGAACGCAGAGGAACUUCAACAAGACAAUCAAGUAUGCAUGUCGGAAAACUCUGGCGGACAGCCGACCGCGGAUACGUGGCAGGUUCGCGCGCAACGACGAACCCGGCGAGACUCCUAAGGCUUCAGGCUUCGCCAGAGACGAACACGACGACGACGAGGAGCAGCUCUGGUUCGCGUUUCACGGCGGGGAACAAGAGUACGGAGCGGCGAGGGGAGGACCGUUCAUGGCCAGUUACGGUCAAACCCAGUUCCAGUAUUACGGCUGUUGACGACAGACGACAGACGCAAGAAGCUUUUCGCAGGUGGAGAUAUCACCGUACAUAUUGGCCCCCCAGAUUUUUUCUUCUUCUUCUUCUUCUCUUUUUUCUUUCUUUUCUUCAAGAAUGGGACCAUCAAGGGGAAAUCCAAAAGGGUUUUUUUCUUCUGUGGAAAAAGGAAAAAGGGAGACCAAAAAAAAAAGGGUGAAUUGUAGGCACUAGGAAGUUGGGGAUUAGGGUUCUUGUUUCUGGUGCUUUUUUGUUGUUGUUGUUUGUAUAUGUGUAAUUUAAUAAUCCCAAACGCUGUGAUGAAUAAUCAGUGUCCAGUAGUGUAUUUCU